AUGUCACAGUAUCGAUCAUAAUCCUGAAUUUAUCAGCAGAAAUCCAUGUUUUGAAGUCAGCCAAUCAGCGUCGUUCAGCAAUUCAGCAUUCAGUAAAAAAAUUCAGCGUUUUAGUAUUACCCCAUUUUCUUAUUUGUAGCAAAAUUUUUACCAAUCCUGCUUCUAGCCACUAUUAGUGGCAGUUAAUUGGUGGUGUUGGGCAUAUCGUCGAAAUUGAUGAAAGUUCCUGGACGAAGCGGAAGUAUAAUCGUGGCCGGGCAAUUGGUAAUCAAUGGGUAUUCGGUGGCACGGAUCGUGAUACGGGUGAAUGUUUUGCUGUUACGGUUGAUCGUCGAGAUGCAGCUACUCUUUUACCAAUAAUUAAAUACUCUUCCUUUUCUGAAACGCAAAAUAUGAGUGAUCUAUCAAUAAAAAAGGAUUAUUUUUCAUUAACAUCUGACAUUAAAAUCUAUUAUGAACUCCGUUGUUCAUCAUCAUCAUCAUCAACAACUUCAUCGACAAAAUUAGUAAUGAUUAUGGGUGCACAUUCAACAUUAAGACUUUUCGACGAACAAGUAGAAUAUCUUAGUGAACAUUAUCCAUCAUCAAUAGAAAUAUUGACUUUCGAUCAUCGUGGAGUUGGUAAUUCAAAAUCAGGAAUAACAGCUAUCACAAUAGUACGACAAACAUCAACACUAUUAGCUCAUGAUGUUCGUCAGUUAAUUAAUUAUGUAUGGGGUGAUCAAGCUGCAGUUCAUGUUUUAGGUGUGAGCUUAGGUGGAAUGAUAGCCCAAGAAUUAGCCGUAUUGUUAGCAUCUGAACAGCGACUUUUAUCACUUUAUUUGGGAAUUACUAUUCGUGGUUCUUAUAUGCGACCAAUGGCAUUAUUACCUAAAUGGGUGUUUUCUCGAAUAAUACUUCCGUAUUUUGCGAUGAAACCGGAUGAUGAACAAAUGAUACGUUCAUUGGUUCCAAUAGUAUUUAAUGGAGUAGAGGAACAAGAAAUGGAAGAACUUAUUCAAAAAUGGUUAAUUGAUUUUAACAAAUGGUUCUUUUUUCGAGAUAUUGAAGGAUGUUCACAACAGCAUCUAAUUUUGCAUUCGCAUUAUUUAACAGAUGAACAUGCACAACAGAUCAGAGAUUCACAGGCACCGAUAACAGUACAAAUAUCUAUGCAAGAUAAAGUUUUACCACCUAAAAAACAACAAGAAUUGGCUGAUUUACUCCAUGCAAAAACAGUGAUCUUGGAAAGUGCUGGGCAUAUGUUCAAUAAACAAAAUCAAUUAAUAUUUAAUCAAAGUAUUCUUCAACAUAUUCAAAAUGCAACUUCUUAA